CAAUAAGCAACGUCUUCAACCCCGAGAGUAACACGAUAGGGGUAGGGAUUAAUCCGCGUCAGCUGUUCCCAGCUGCAAGCUUGAUUAGUCAGCUCGGCUUAUUAUGUUUCAUAAUCUAACAGCACGGUGACGCGAAUCUUCACUGUUCAACUCAGUCUAACAGACGCGUCGAUUAAUGAUUAUGGAAGCCCACAAUGGCGCGGUAGCAUCGAUCUCCGAAAGGUUACGGCAAUUCUACGCGCAGCGCCGGCCGUUUCGCGUUUACCAUGGCUCUACGAAUAGUACCCGGGUGGCCGACAAGAGCCGCGACAAUACAGUAGACACCAGCAAGCUCAACCAUAUCCUAGAGGUUGACGAGGAUAACAAAAUCGCACUGGUCGAGCCAAAUGUGUCAAUGGACGCGCUGGUCAACGCGACCGUGAAGCAUGGGUUGGUCCCACUGGUUGUUAUGGAAUUCCCCGGCAUCACCGUAGGCGGCGGCUUUAGCGGCUCCGCUGGUGAGAGCAGUUCGUGUCGCCACGGACCGUUUGAUUCGACCAUCAAUUGGAUAGAAAUCGUUCUUCCAAAUGGCGACAUAUCAAGAGCUUCCAAGACCGAAAAGCCGGAUCUCUUCUGGGGAGCCGCGUCGGCUUUCGGAACGCUCGGCAUCGUCACGCUUCUCGAAGUUCAGCUAAGAGACGCCGCUGACUUCGUCGAGCUGACGCAUUACCCGGUGGGUGGCGUCCCGGAGGCCAGCAAGAAGAUCCAAGAAGAAGUCGCGAAUCCUGCUGUCGAGUUUGUCGAUGCGAUCGCGUUUUCGCCAAAGACAGCCGUCGUGUGUUCCGGUCGCUUAGUCGACGCCAUACCCAAAGGUGCCAAACCGCGGCGAUACUUGCGACGCCACGAUUCGUGGUUCUAUCUCGACGUGCAGAAAAGAGCUGAAAAAUCGAAACAACCAGUUGUUGAUUACGUUCCCUUGAUUGACUACCUGUUUCGAUGGGAUCGUGGCGGAUUCUGGGUGGCUAAAUAUGCCUACAAGUACUUCUUCACGCCGUUCAACCGAAUCACACGCAGUAUUCUAGAUACGUACAUGCACGCCCGCGUGAUGUACCAUGCACUGCAUAAGAGCGGAUUAUCGGAUACUUAUAUAAUCCAGGACGUUGGUGUGCCCUACAGCGCUGUCGACGAGUUCUACCGUUGGGUAGACCAGACCCUUGGCAUCUACCCCAUCUGGCUGUGCCCGAUCCGCACGCGGCGAGACGCGCCCGACUCGGCGCACGGCCUGCAUGCCGAUUUCGCGGAUCCCAAGGGCCCCGAAUUUAUGCUCAACUUCGGCAUCUGGGGACCUGGCCCGAGCGACUACGAAGAGCUGGUGCGUUUGAAUCGGGCAAUUGAACAGAAAUUGCACGAGUUAGGCGGUAACAAGACGUUAUAUGCGCAGGCUUAUUACACCGAGGAGGAGUUCUGGCAGUCAUAUAACCGGCCUGCGUACGAAGGUGUUCGCGAGAAGUAUCAUGCGGCUCACUUGCCAAGUGUCUACGACAAGGUCAAGGUUGACGAGUAUGCGAAGAAGAAAACUAUAGAGAACUCGAGGAUGCCUACGGCCCUCCGCCAUGUUAGGCCUUUCCAGGGCUUGUACGGUGUCUACAAGGCAUGGCGCGGCGGCGACUAUCUUUUGCAGAAGAAGGGGGAGACGACUAAUGCAGACGGGUCGCCAAAGCAGGAUUCGCAGGGGUUAAAAUGAAAAUUUAAAGAAAUCAAUGGUCUCCAUAGGUAGUUCUAGAUUGUUGUUCGCCUAUAAAUAAUGGUAAUAAUAAAAAAACGAGAAAAAAAUGGCAGGAUCAAAAGGUGAAUCGAACCUACGUAUGUUGAGGAAAACAAAAAUGAGAAACCAACAUAGAAUGCUCAUGAUCUUGCUUCACUUGAAGCAAACACCACUUGGUACC